AUGACCAUACCUGUCAAGCUGGAACCGUCUUUCCAACAAGAUUCGAACGAGGAAGUGCACCUACUGCAAUAUUCCACGCUCAGCGACGCCGCAACGUCCCACAAAAGACAGAACCAGAACAAGUGCUCCUACUGUGGCAGAGUGUUCUCGAGGAAGCGUGACCUGGACGACCACAUACGCGUCCACACCGAGGAGAGACCUUACGCUUGCCACCUCUGUCCCAUGACGUUCAGACAGAAAAAAAACGUCGUGCGUCACCUGAAAACGCACACGGGCGAGAGGCCAUUCAAGUGUCGCUUCUGCGAAAAGGCAUUCGCCAGCAUGUCAGAUCAAAACAGGCACGAGGUUUUCUGUCAUCGCAAGUCUCUCCAUUGCCAUGUGAAUGCCCAAGCACACCAAAACGUCGCUAUACCUGUGAAGCUGGAACCGUCCUUCCAAGAAGACUGGAAUGAGGAAGUGCACCUACUGCAACAUUCCGGGCGCAGCGACGCGGAAACAUCCCGCGGAAGCCAGAACCCGCGCAAGUGCAACUACUGCGGCAAAGUGUUCCAGGAGAAGUAUGACCUGGACAAACACCUACACGUCCACACUGGCGAGAGGCCGUUCGUCUGCCACCUCUGUCCCAUGACAUUCACGCACAAACAGAGCGUCGCGCGUCACGUCCGAACGCACACGGGCGAGAAGCCAUAUCAGUGUCGCUUCUGCCCCAAGGCAUUCACCAGCAAGUCGGAUCAAAACAGGCAUGAGGCAUGCACGCACACGGGCGGGAGACCAUAUAGGUGUCGCUUCUGCCCGAUGGCAUUCGCCGUCAAGAGGGAUCAGAAGAGGCACGAGGUGAGCUCGCACGACCUUUGGACUGAUCUCAAUAACUCACCGAGUGCACUGCAGUAA